UCGCGAAACGGUCUCACUGCCAAAGUGAAGCGCCAAUUCGUGGGCUCCGCAUAUAUUUUUGAAGAACUGCGUAAUAUCUAUAAACAAUAGACAGCAGCACUGCUGCAUCGGUGUGUACGAUGUCCGAAGAUAGCGACUAUUUGCUUGCCCUCCGUCUAAGCUAUGAACUGAACGGAGGGGACGCCACACAACAUCAGAGUCAGCGGGACUCCCAGCCAUCAAAAUCGGAAGCAUCGGAAGAAGCUGACUAUUUGUUGGCUGUCAAGCUUCAGUCCGAGGAACAAAAUGAGGCCGCCGAUGGCGACCUGGACGGCAGCAUCCAGUUUGUUUAUCCAUCAAAAAAGGACGUAAAGAAUACGUUGCCCAAGAGCUCGCCAAAGCCUAAGCCAGGCCGAACAAGUGCUGUGAGCAGAGCUGAGGACUACCUGAAUCAGACCAGCAAUCUGGUACAUGACGACUGGGAGAUUCUGGAUCCCACGCCCAACAUCUUCUCCAUGUUCGUGCGCUUUGACGAAAAGUUCUUUCAGAGGCGUUUGGGCGCCGUCGUCCUGGAGUGGAGCAAACGCAUGUACUCGUGUGCUGGGAUUUGCUAUCUUCGCAGCAACAGAUACACCAAGGAGAUUACAAUCCGGCUAAGCGAGCCGCUUCUCAAGCUACGUCCUCGCAAGGACCUCGUAGAAACUCUUCUGCAUGAAAUGAUCCAUGCUUAUUGCUUUAUACAGAACAUACGCGAGGGCAACGGCGGCCAUGGUCCGAAUUUCAAAAGAAUCAUGACUACCAUAAACCAGGUGGCCGGGACUAACAUCACCGUCUAUCAUACCUUUCACGAUGAGGUGGAAAUGUAUAAGACUCACGUCUGGCGCUGCACGGGCAUCUGUCAGAACCGUCAUCCUUUCCGCGGCUGGGUUAAACGCACCUCGAACCGCCCCCCAGGCCCCAAUGAUCAGUGGUGGGAGAAGCACACGCGCGAUUGCGGCGGAACCUUUAUGAAAGUUAGCGAGCCGGAAAAAUCCAAGCCGCAGAAGCCGUUGCGCAAGCCGAAUGCCAAAAAGACUCCGUCUCUCAGUGGGGAUAUACGCAAGUAUAUCGUCAAUCCGCCCGCCAAGAAGCAGGCCAUCGACUCAAACGUAGCCAAUGGGCUGCUAUCCAACUUGGUCGGCUCCGUUCCGCCCACCUCGUACCCGGGACAGUCUCGCAAUCCAUUUGCCAUGCCCACCAGCAGCAAGCCGCCGACCAAGUCCAAUGUCGUGGGCAUGACAGAUCUUAACAAGAGCGGCGACCAGAAGGAAAACAAAGCUAAAACAGCCAAAGAAAACCUCCAUACUGGCGAAGGCCACACUUUGUCCGGGUCCACAGCUGCGGGAGGCUCCACUACUAGAAAUUCCGACUUCGUGCGUAAUGUUUGGCAGAAGCGCUUUGAGAAUAACCCAACUAAAGAGGCGCAGGAAGAGACCGAGAAAAGCACUGGAAAGCGUCCCCAUAGCUACGUUGAUGAUAGUCCUAAUCUGUCCUGGGAGGCCUAUGAUGAGGACGUUUUGAUUGCAGAUGAUAUUACGCCCACAGUUUUGAUCCUGAGCAGCGAUGACGAAAGCGACAAUGAUAACGAGGAAAAGAAGAAGACUGAAAACGAAUACGUCAAGAACUCAACUUUAUUUUCAAGUGGAAUAAGCAGUCAGGAGAGGACGCGCAAGAUCAAGGAAGAGGUAAUGUUCGACGAGUCCCAGGAUUUUAGCGAAGAUGAUAUCGUUCUUAUUGACGAUGAGUACGAUGACGAGCAGAACCUUGAUAGCAGUCUUAUAGCGGCCACUGAGUUGGCCGACCAGUCCGUCAUAGACGACUUGUUCGGGGUGGAUACCCUGCUGGCAGAGUUCCAGCUGGAGAACGAUGUCGUGCCGACUGGGUCGCGGGUCACGAAAGAUUUAAACAACGAUAUUGUCAUAUGCCCCAUCUGCUUUGGCAGAAUUAAACGUUCGCAACUGUCGAAUCAUUUUGAAGGGUGCUUCAUCACCAACAAAGUGGAGCCGCCCUCCUUCAAGCAUAAGCUGCCCAAGACUAACAGCACGAUGAACGCCCAGAGGCCAUCGACAGCUAUGACUUCAGGAAAAGGAAAACGCUCAGCCACAGGGGGUAAACGAGCCUCCUCAAAGCAAGUAUUGCGGAACGCUGGCUAUACCGAGGAGGAGAUAGCCCCGCUGAACUUGAGCAGCUCUAGUGAUUCGGCCCAGAACGGGACAAGCGAGGAGGAAAUGACACCGCGCCAGAUGCGUCAGCGGAAUCUCUUUAAAAAGACUAUUACAUGCCCCAAGUGCGGCCUGGAAUACCUCGGCCACCAGAUGGAGGCCCAUCGCGUCCUCUGCGCCAGCAAGCGCCGCCGCUAAUAUACUUUGUUACCUAAUAAUAUUCCAUAUAUCUAAUCUAAUAUUUCCACAAAUCAUACAUUGAAUGUUAUGCUCCUUAUUUAAUUGGAACACAUUUUUUUUUUCGUUUUCUCCCUACGUUAAAUAAAUGAACAAAAGCAUUAA